UGGAUCUAAGCCGCGAAAAAGCGAGAGAAAAAAUAAAAAAUGUCGAGACGUGUCGGGCGCAGCACCAAUUUGCAAUUUGCCGGGCUUCGGGCACUCGGCAGUCAGAACCGGGAAAAGUUGUGUGGUUCGGCAAGAACGUGUUUUGGACGUUAGCCUGCGUCGCCCGACUGGGCCCCCGGCGGGGCGCUUUUGGAAUUAUGCAAAACACAAUGGCCUUCUCAAAGCCUCAGGGACAUGGACCCGCAGGUCGCGUCUUGCACCGAGCGUGGACACGAGAAAAAGGGGACGGAACAAACCCGGGAAAGAAGAACGCACGGAAUGCAAACAGCACAUUUCCUGGAAAACAAGGCGCAUGCACUCCGAAGGCCUGGGGCCGUUUGGCCUCGUGUCUUUUUGCACGUGAUGGGUCCAGCGGUCUUGUCGAAAUGGCCACGUCUGCGAGAAGCUCUGCAUCAGGGCUUGGGCCACUCGGCUAAUACCAGGCGCCGUGAAACCUGGCUGCUUGCCGAUGGCAAAAUUAGUCGACAAUACCUCCAGGCGAAAACAGAGAAAACGCCACAUGUGGGCGUGUUCUGUAUGGAUGGCAUUUUCUACGAGCGGCGCCUUUUCUACUGCCGGGGCUUUGGAAAGUCCAGGGUGCCAAGGCCAUGGGGCCAGUGUAUCCAGUAUUGGGCUUCCGGUAGGGGCCUGUUUCAUAUCAAAGGCGCACCCGCACCCACGAACGCCGCGGCGCAACAGGCGCGGCCUGCAUGGCUCGUUUGGUCCCACGGGCCCAGCACUGCGGAGGACGCACCAUGGAUCCGGAUGUCCGUGCAAACAAUAAUGGCGUUUCACUCACCUCCAGUAUGUAGCUGAGACGGCCCCCUCGACCUCGUUUUUCUCAAAGGGCGAUGGCCGAUUUGCUGAAAAUUGCGUGCAGGAC